AUGGACGUCGCUCGUGCUGCUGGUGCUGGUGCUUCAGAGGGUGCUGGUGUUGGUGCUGCUGGAGUUGGUGCUGCUGGCGCGGCUGGAGCUGGGGGUGCUACUGGAGCUGGAGCUGCUGGCGCUGCUAGAGCUGGGGGUGCUACUGGAGCUGGUGCUGCCGUUCGUGGUGCUGGCGCUGUUCCUGCUGGUUCUGGGGGUGCUGCACGGCCGCGGCCGUACUUCGUUCUGCUCCUUGAGCAGGUUCUUGGUCUUCCGCCCUCUACUAGUCCCGCUCCUCUCUUAGAGUGUCCGCCGCCUGUCCAGUCUGAGUCACAGUUACAGCCAGCCUCCCCACUGCCUGCUCCUUCUCCCUACACUGGUCCUACUGGAGGUCUUGCUGAGCGUCGUGAGCCUGCGUCUCGUCCUGCGUCACCUGUCCGUGCUGCUCGCACUAGUGGUCGUGGUUCGCGUCCGCGUCCUCCCCCUGUCCCCGGCACGCACCGGAUGUCUCUGCGUCCUUCCACUGCUCCGCUGCGUGCCCCUUUGCCUUCUCCCCCUGAGUCCUCUCUUCCUGCUCUUGCUGACCCAGAGUCGGACUCCCUUCGUGCUGCCAGUCCUACUGUCACGCGUCUCCUUGCUACUGUCGUCACUGACCCUUCCUUCGAGUCCACUGCUGCGUCUGCCUUGGUUGCUGAGCUUGUCGACUUUGCUGCUCGCUGUCGUCUAGACUACGCUGCUAGUCUUGUCGCUGAGUCUGAGUCUGUCUGUCCUCCGUCCGUCGGGGGUGAGUGUGCCCUUGGCACGGACGUCCUUGAGGACAGGCAGGAGGAGUUCCAGUGCUUUGCUGCUACUUCACCUCAUCUCGGUGAAGCGGCCGCCGGGUUCUCCGCCUGUCUUCAAGGCGCGUUACGUGGCUCGAGGCUUCAGUCAGCAGCAGGGAGUUGA